AUGCACAGUCACACUGGGGAGAUUCCGUACGGGUGCCCGGAAUGUGGGAAAGCCUUCUCUCUGAGGAGUAAACUGACCAAGCAUAUUUUGUUGUCUCACAAUGGGAUGAAGCCCUUUGAAUGCCAUGAGUGCGGGAAAGCAUUUCCCCUGAAGAAUAAACUCGCCUUGCACAUGAGAAUUCAUACUGGCGAGAAGCCUUUCGGCUGCAAUCAGUGUGGGAAGACGUUUUCUCAGAAGUGUAACCUCAACAAACAUGUGAAAAUUCAUACUGGUGAAAAGCCUUUCAGCUGCAUGGAAUGUGGGAAAUCAUUUCCUCAGAAUUAUAGGCUUGAAAAGCACAUGAGGAUCCAUGCAGAAGCAAGAGAGUCUGCUCUUGUGCAGUGA